AUGGCACAGCGGCAGCAACAGCAGCAGAUGCAGUUACAGAUGCAAUGCCAUGAAGAGAACAACGGCAGCAUACGCAAGUCAUCGAUUCUGGCGGGGAAUCCGGCGAGCAAUCAAGCGGCUGGUGGAAACGCCGGUGGUAGUUCCGGUGGUUCCGGUGUUCAUGGACCGCUGCAGAACACGGUUUUCAUUCACAAGUUGUACAAUAUCCUGGAAGAUGAAGACCUGAAAGACCUGAUCUGGUGGUCCCCUUCGGGGACCUCUUUUCUUAUAAGGCCCACGGAGAAGUUCAGCAGGGCUUUGGCUACCUAUUUCAAGCAUACCAACAUUGCCAGCUUUGUUCGGCAGCUGAACAUGUACGGCUUCCACAAGGUUUCCAACGAUCAUAGCAAGGAUGUGCAGCAGCAGCAGCAGCAGCAGACGCAGCCGGGGCCCGAGACUGCGGGCGAAAGCAUCAAGAUCUGGGAGUUUAGACACAGCAUGGGGAUCUUCAAAAGAGGCGAUAUCGAGGGCCUCAAGCUCAUCAAGAGGCGAUCGUCAAGAAACAUCGCGACUCUCAACGGCAGGAAGAAUUCAGCUUCGGCCGUCUCUCUGGGUCCGACGCACCCUCAGAUAGAAGAGUCCGAUGCGGCUAAGCAGCAACGAUCUCAGCAGCAACCGUCGGUUCCUCCGGCGCCGCCGCCGGCACCUCCACCGCAGCAGCAGCAGUGGCAGACCGCCCAGCAGCGGCAGCAGUCACAGUUUAUUGUCAGCGCAGAGGAAGAAGCUCAGCAGCAAUCGCAAGUGGGUCUCACGGCUUACCCUUCAUCGGAGUCCGUGUUCAAUCAGCAAUUUCAGCAACAGCAGUUAGAGACAAGAUUUGCCGAGUUGUGUCAAAGCUACAGCGGAUUGCGCUACGAGUAUUCGAAUCUCCAAUACAGGCACGACGGGCUUCUAGAGCAGUUGAGAGUCAUGAAUGUCGACGUGGCGAAACUUCUCGAUUUUGUACAGAGCCUUGUUUCUUUGCAAGGCUCCAACUGUGAUAUAUUUAAUGAGAAGAAUUUGAAAGGCGAUCCGGCUAAGUUACAACAGUUUCGCCAACACCAGCAUGAGAUGACAGCAUUGGAGCAGGAAAUGCAGAAAUUUAAAGCCAAUUUAAUGCAAAGGUUUCAAAAAAAUCUCGAAACUCUCCAGCAACAGCAACAACACAAUCCGUCUGUGCCGCAGCAGCCACCACAUGUACUUCAGUAUGGCGCUAAUAUGUUGCAUGGACACGCCACUCCGUCGAUUUCCAAAGAUAUGAGACCAGUUUCAGGGUCCUCCAUACCAUCUAAUUCAUCUGCUGCCGCUGCUUUUGUGCCGCACCUGUUUUCAGUGCCUUCUGCCCCAACGGGCGCCAUUUUUCAGCAAACAGGACCUUUAAUUUCACAGCCGGACCACUUUUCAAGCCCAAGGAUAGUUAUGAUGAACCCAUUCGAGACCACUGGUCAGUCUUCCACAGUGAAGCGCAAUAUGAGUAUCCUCAUGGACCCUCUCUCAUCCGCGCCAAAUGUCGGCGGAGUAACAGUGUCUCCAUCGCGCCCAAUACCGGGGACUUUGGGAUCACAGAUUCCUCGUAACCCGUCGCCUCUGGUAAACUCAUCGAGGCCUCCAAAGCAAGAGCCUCCCCUACACACUAACUACAGUAAUCAACAAACACAAAUUAAUGCUCACACAAAACGCACAUCCAGGAUCUCUGUGAAAGAUGGCACUUUUCUCUUAAAGCCGAAUAAGAAUAGCACUUUGAGUACCAAGAGAAGCAGUGUCAACAGUGAUUGCAGCAGUAGAAGCGACAGUGCUGCUAUGCUACCAACAAGUGGAAGCGGAUUGGCUACUUCCACUGUUGAAACUGUUGGACCAAGAGAUUCUUCCGCUAUUGGCUUGCCAUUUAGGACUUUCUACAGUCAUGGUACGAACGGUGACCAAGCAAAGGAAGACCCAACAAAAAAUGAAAACCUGCCGUCCCGCUUAGGUACAUAUGUGACGUUGCACAAUGCAGGCAGUUUUGCUCCACCGCGAAGUACACAAACUUCACCCAAACAGUUCGAGCUCAAGAAAUCAAAUCUAGAAGCAUCAGAUCAGACGGAGCCUGCUCAACAAACAAUUUUGAGCCCAAUGCCUUCGAGAUCUGACAUACAGAAUCGACGGGCCAGCAGUGGGGUCUACUCAUUGUUGAAUACCGAGGCGGCGUCUCCGCGAUCAUCAACCGAACUUGAUACUAACCCAAAGAAAAAGACCAAACUGUGA